AUGCAGCUCAAAGUAGUCGAUUAUCAGCAGGUCCUGCAGGAUCUGGACAAGGGUGUCCCGGUCAAUUUCAACACCAACUUCCAUACCGCUGCAGAUGCACCAGAUCUUCCGAUUCCGUCUAAUAAACCGUACAGCUAUGAAAUCUGGCUGCCGUUGGUAAUGAAAUCUCGGGGAAUUUCGAUUGCCGACCUUCAAGUCGUCUCGCUCUCCCGCGCGCGAAUGAAGAUCCUAGUCGAGGCUGCUGCCGCAUCUAUUCAUACGCGCGUGCUCAAUCGAUCCUACGCUGAGGACCUCGAAGACGAUGUCUAUCCUGCUUUUCAGGGCCUUAAGUUUCCACCCGAGGGGCUUUGGAUGCGUUUUGGAGCCUGCUCUCCCAAGGAUGGUGUCCAGCUAAACCCUGGGGAGCGGGCGAUCCAUUCGGUUGAGGACAUUGUACUUCGCAUCACCACGUCGCUGAGGACUUGGAGCGCUCUUACAAACAUCCUUAACAGCGAUGCCGAAGUGGGCUUGGUCUAUUUCCUCCCGUUCAACGAUGGAAUGAAGUCUGCAAGAGAAUACCGCGUCUUUUGCGUUCCCCACUCGCUGGACAUUUCCGCUGUCAGCCAAUACGAGUGGCAUAAGCAAUGGAUCUUCGCUAAUGAAGACAAAGAUGUGAUGACAAGGGCGGCCCAAAGGAUUUUUAGGGGCAUCCAAAAGGUCCAUGCGGAAAUCAUUGCAUUCAUGAAAGCUCACGAGGAUAAAUCGCUGGAGAAUUUUAUCAAGGAUCAGGGUUUUACUUUCGAUGUUCUGUACGACGAGGUUCCGGGACAGUGUAUGUUGAUUGAGCUCAACACUUUUGGUGUGAGGAGUGCAUGUGGUUCUUGUCUCUUUCAGUGGCUGAAGGAUCGCACUCAGUUAUACGGAGAGACAGGUGACGUGGAGUUUCGCGUGGCGAUGUGA